CAGCAGCAGCCCAGAGUCUCUGCACCGCUGCAAACUUCACCCACAAGCAGAGAAACGGAGAAAAACGAUGCUGAAGCUGUUUAGUUCAUUUUUAACGGACUACAACCCGACUUUAUUUUAAGCUGGCCUCAGGUGAACUGAAUACAACACGAAGCCCCCUACCUGGAAAACAUCGAAGGACUAAGUGGAUUGGAGACGGCAGGGAGCAAAGAGGGAGUCAAAGAGGGACAGAAGACAGAGGAGAUUAACAGCUAAUCCAGGGAGCGGACAAUCCUGCAGGAGCCUUAUCUUUUCCUUCAGAGUGAUUCCUGCAUAACUCUUUCUGGAUUACAGCACCUCACUCUGUUCCCCCUGCUAUCUAAGAAACAUCAUCCUCCUUUUUACACUUUUCUCUGAUAAAGUCUCAGAGAGCUUCAGAGAACAGAGCAGCAGGGGCGACACGCCUGCUGAUGGGACGUCUGAUGGACGGCGUGGUGCCACACAUGGAUAAACCUCUUUAACAGGAGACGGUGCACGACACAAGAUCCCCCCACCUCAACACUCUCUCGAAAGCAAAACAACUCAUCUGAGAGGUUUGGAUCUAUUCGGCUCCAAGGAAACAGGACUCUCUGACAUGGACCUGAAACCGGAUCUGAACCUUGCCUGACAUGUAUCCAGAGCUCAGACACUCCUGUUGGAAUUAAAGGGACAUUGCACAGUUUUUCAGCCACCAUGAGUCUGGGAAAGAUGCCUGCAGGGAUUAAGGGCCUAGUGUCUGGCUCUCAAGGGAAGCGCCGCUUCAAGAGUGAGCUGUCUGUGGACAUGAUCAGCCCGCCGCUGGGUGACUUCAGACACACCAUGCACGUCGGUAGAGGUGGCGAUGUGUUUGGUGACACUUCGUUUCUCAGUAACUAUGGGAGCUCGAGGGAGCCAGGGAGUCCAGACUCAGCCGGCAGCUCCAGGACGACGGGGUUCUUCACACGCACCUUCAGACAUGUUGGGAAGAACUCGGUGAAUAGGGCGAGAGGAGGCUCACGUGACCUGUCGUCACCGCCGCCGGACAUUUCACCCAUCAUCAAGAACGCCAUCUCCUUACCCCAGCUUAACAUCGACUCUCCCAACGGGUGCCUGGAGAGGGUGCUGUUCCCUAGCUCCAUGAGCUCCACAGACGACACCUUCUAUACAUACGGUCUUCAGUCAGGGUUUGUCACUCUGCCCCGCAUCUCUCGUAUUGAGCGUUCCUUUCAGGACGCAGACGUCAGGAAAACUUCUCUGACUCGCUCCGACUCCCUCACCUCGUUCCACGUGGACCUCGGUCCCUCCCUCAUGACCGAGGUCCUGAGCUUCUUCGACAACCCGAGCUGCCUUCAGAUGACCGUUCACAGUCAGGAUGCCGUCCACGAGGAGGAGGAUGAGGAGGAGGAGGAGCAGGAGGACAGCUCAGUGACGGAUACGCCUGUGCAGAGCCCUGCUGAGACUUCACCCAGCACCUCCACAGGAAGCGGCUCAUUCAGGAGGAACAUAAACAGCAGGGUGCGCUUUGUUAGCUCUAAGAGGACAGAGAGAGAGGAGGAGGAGGAGGAUAGGAGUUCACAGAGCACCGGGUCUCCUCGAGAGAGGGAACCAGGGAUGGAGGCAGAGCGUUUCCAGCGGGCGGCCGACGUGUUGUCUCGUCAUUACGGAGGAGGAUCGUUCACAAGAGUGAGAAGAACGAGCAGCAACUCUGCAUCUCCUGCUCUGUCCCACAGCCCCAAAACACCGCCCGCCUUAUCAGAGGAGGAGGAGGAAAUCAAGGUGUAGACGGAGGAGGCGCUUUAUGUACAAGACAAGAAACUUCAUGGAUUUAGAGACGUUUGUGUAUGGUGGCCCUGAAUGGCAAAUGUAAAAAUAUUACAAGGCUGCAUAAAUGUUUCACCAGAGGUCAAAAAAGGGUUCACCAGAUGCAAAAUAUUUCAAAAGUAUAUCAGCUGUAAAAAGAUUUACUUGCAUUUUUUUUUCUUUUAUUUGCAGAGUGAAAAUUUUUUAAACUGAUUUAGAGACAUUUUUCUCCAGUGUCCCAGGAAGGCAAAUGUAGAAAUAUGUUCAGGUUGUGAAAAUGUUUUACCACAAUCCUUAACAUUUUUCUAAACACAAGCAUAUUUCAAGAAAGUAAAAACAGAUCUAGAGACGUUUUUGUAUGGUGGCCCUGAAGUGCAAAUGUAUAAGAAAUUCAGGGCUGCAAAAACAUUUCAGGAAAAAAAACAAAACUCUCUACUUAAACACAAAAAUAUUUAAUCUGCAAAAAAAAAAAUACUUGGAAAAAUGUAAAAAAUAUAUAUAUAUCAAGAUAUGUUUUGGUUGCACUUAAUGGAAAACAUAAAAAUUUUCCAAGACUACAAAAACAUUUCCUUAGACUUCAUACUUCAUUACACCCAAAUAGUUUUAAAAUAUUAAUCUGCAAAAAAUGCUUGCAAAUAAUGUUCUUCAUUCUUUCUGAGAGUAAUAUAAAAGAACACAUGUAGAGACGUUUUAGUAUGGUGGCCCCAAUAGGCAACUGUAGAAAUAUUUCAAGACUGUUAAAACAUUUCAAUAAACACCAAAGCCAUUAAGCUAAAAAUAUUAUUAUUAAUAUUUCAAAAGCAUUCCAUCGCAAAAGAAUGCUAGCAUUUUUCACUUUGUUGCAGGGAGUAAAAGUUAAAAAGAAGAGGACUAAGAGAUAUUUUGAAAAGGUGGCCUUGAAAUUCAAUUGUAAAAAAAAUAAAAAAUCAGGGCUGCAAAAAUGUUUCAGUUAAAACCAAAACCAUUUUACUAAACAAAAAUAUUUAGGUAUUCAUCUAUAAAAACAAUUAAGUGCACUUUUUUCUUGCAGAAUGUAAAAUAUAUUUAUGUAAAAAAAAAAAUAAAAAUAUAUAUAUAUAUAUAUAUAUACCCAAUAUAAAUAUUUAUAUAAGUAAAAUAUAUCAAAUUAUAUUUAGAGUUGUUUUGGUACGUUGGCCUUGAAAGGCUACUGUAAAAAUAUUUUAGGGCUGCAAAAACAUUUCAACAAACACCUGAAUUGAACUAAACAAAAACCAAAAAAAAUGUUUUUUUUCCCAAAUAAUUAAUACACAAAAAAUACCUGCAUUUUCUGUCUUGCAGAAUGAGAUGUAUUUUUUGCAGUAUGUAAUUUUUGUGUCUUCUGAAAAUUUUGCACUUUCUGUAUUUUAAAUUUUUAAAACGUAUUUGAGUGAUAUUUUUUGGUGUCUGGUGAAAUGUUUUUGCAGAUAUUAAUAAUUAAUACAGUUGACCUUCAGGACCACCGUACAUUUGGGGUACUUUCAAGGCACUAAACAGUGUUUGCUAUUUUUGUUGAACUUCUAUAAACACUUCUCUUCUCCUCACAUUCACACAUGAGUUUCUUUGAUCAACUUUGAUUUGGAUUUCUACAGGAUGGAUUUUUGGUUUUGACCUUCCUUUCACUCUGAUGUCAUGAUUUUGUUUUCAGUUUAUUGAAACACUUUUAUUAAUAAAAACACUAAAUGAUCCUGAUGAUGCAAAUUCACUCACAUCAGGAUGAACUUUUCCUACUUUAUUAUCACUAAUGAGGUUUUCAGGUGUCACUCCUGCUUUAACGGUUCAUUUUAACUCAGAAUCACUCAGUGAAAUCAUCAUGGUGGUCAGAGGCGAAUAAAGAAGUUCAGGUUUAAAGGCUGGACUGUCACGCUGAGCCUCAUAAUUAAGGAACGUUGAUUUAUAUGAACUGUGAUAAAAAUGUACAGAACUUUAAUCAGAAAUAACAGAAGUAGUUGUAUGGUUGAUAUUCCUUUUGAAGUCUACAUGUAUGAAGAAAUGUUUAUGAAGCGUUUAUCAGUGUUAGUGAAGGUUUUUAUAAAAAGA